UUCGAAAGCUGUGAGUUCACUGCUGCCCCGUCCGGCAGUGUUGCUCCAGCCGUAUAAGAGGUGCGUUUCGUCCAAGCUAACGAGCAUAGGUAACGAAGUUUGCCCCCAGUGAAGCACCAUGUCUCCCGCUCGCUUCGGAGCCUCCGUCCUCCUCCUCCUCUUCUGUUCCGUCACGAGGCCGGUGUUGGGAUCCCCUGUUUCAGAUUGGAAGGCAAACGAACGUCAGAGUCGGCAGAGCUACUGCGGUGGGGUUGCUCAAAUGUCUGUCGGGCACGUCCUGACAUUUUCGUCUCCCAACUACCCGAAUGCUUACCCCUAUGGGCUGAGGUGUGUUUGGAGGGCUUCAUCGCCACCCGGUACUGUUAUCAAAAUGGUCUGCAAUCACUUUAAUGUAUUGCCUUCUCAAAACUGCGCCUACGACGCCUUCCUUUUCUCCAGCACGGGCGACACCACCUGGAAUUCGGCCCGUUAUUACUGCGGGUUGGGUCGGCUGGAAGGGAACACGACUGGAAACCAAUUUGCAGCUGGAUUUUAUACAAAUUCGUACCCGAACUACUACUACACUGGUUUCACAUGUACGCUGACUGUCGUUGCAACGAACACGACAACAGCGCCAGUCACUCCUAACCCUGCCCCAACGACUACCCGAAAACCAGUGACCAAUCCCCCUGUAACCAGCGACUGCCCCUGCGGCUUGAAGGGCGGGAGCAGGAUCGUCGGGGGCCAGGAGGCAGUUGUGAACGAGUGGCCCUGGCAGGUCGGACUUCGCUAUCUGCGGACAAACGACCUGUUUUGCGGAGGUGCGCUAAUCAACCAGCAAUGGCUGGUGACGGCGGCUCACUGCGCCGAACCAUUCAAAGUCGGGGACAUCUCGGCGGUCUUGGGCGAACACAACCAGUACCAGAAUUCGGACACCCCCUACGAAGAUGAGAUCACGAUCGACAGGAUCAUCAUGCACGAGAAUUACGACCCAAACACAGUCGAUAACGACAUCGCCCUGAUGCGCCUCAGCGUCCCCGUUACUUUCAACGGCGGCGUCAAACCCAUCUGCCUUCCGUUCAAAUACGCCACCAAGAACUUCACGGGCACGACGGGCACCGUCACAGGUUGGGGCCAGAAGGUUUUCAACGGAAAUGUCAGCGCCGUCCUGAUGGAGGUGAGUCUACCGAUUCUGACCACUUCUGAAUGUCUGAAAUAUCCUAUCAUCAAAGACAGCAUCACCGACAACAUGAUCUGCACCUACCAGCAAGGCUUGGACGCUUGCAAAGGCGACUCCGGAGGACCCCUCGUUUGGGGUGACCAGGGUCGACAGUAUCUGGUUGGAAUCGUCUCCUUCGGGAAGGGCUGUGGCGACAAGGACGCUCCCGGCGUCUACACGAAGGUGACCAAAUAUCUCCAGUGGAUAGAAAGCAAGAUUUCGGGUAGCCUGUGUUCGCCGAAUUAGGACUCAUCAUGCAAGUGAUAUCGUCAGUGAUUUUGCUUCUUGAGUUCCAUCAUUUAAAAUCUGUCAAGAGAAAUCGGGAACGAAGAAAUUCCGUAUCAGAUAAUCAUUUCAAGUUGAAGCUGUGUUUAUGAAUGAGUGUCUAUGGGAGGGUUAUAGAAACUUCAUUACAAA